UAGCGGGACUAUUAUGGGCCUCCCUGACGACCCUGUCAGUCUGAAGUACAUACAUCUCUCUUUCUAUCUAUCUCUUUACUUAUCUUCUGAACCACGAGUGUUGGGAGAAUGGAUCUUGAACAUUAUGAACACUGCGACCGAAGACAAGAUGGUCCUGGCAUUGAAGGCGUUAGCGAAAUAGAUCUGCUGAUUCCGUUGGACCCAGAAACUCAAGAGCGGAGGCUUCUGCGGAAAUUAGAUCAAAGGAUCCUACCGAUACUAUGCCUGCUUUAUCUAUUUGCUUACCUUGAUCGCUCGAACCUGGGCAAUGCUCGGUUACAGGGUUUGCCUCAAGAUGUUCUUGGUGGAGAUCCAACUGGAGUACUAUUUAACUGGGUCAACUCAGCCUUCUUUUUCACCUAUAUACUCUUGCAAAUUCCGUUCACAGUCCUCUCGAAGUAUUACAACCCGCGCAUAUGGAUUGGCUGCUCUGCUAUCCUAUGGGGGAUAUGUUCCACAUCAAUGGCAGUAGCGCAGAAUUUUACUGGCCUGAUGAUCGCUCGGCUUGGGCUAGGGACUUUCGAAGCAGCCUUUGGAGGUGCCGUUGCAUUAUACUUUUCUUUCUAUUAUACCAAAGCCGAGUACGGUACUCGCAUCGCAUAUUGGUUCGGGUUUGCAACCGUCGCAGGGGCAUUUGGGGGGCUCCUCGCGUACGGGAUUCAACACAUCAAGGUGUCGAUUGCGAACUGGAGGUUGCUUUUCAUCUUGGAGGGAGCGCCAACGAUACUUCUAGGUGUUCUCUGCGUAUUUAUGCUUCCAGGCCGUCCCGAGUCCACGCCGUUCCUCACUACAGCGGAACGUAAAAUCGCGAUCAACCGCAUGAACAGAGGGACAAGCGGUGACUUUGGUGCAGUUGUCCGUCAAAGUCACGUCAUUGCGGCUUUCCAGGACUGGAGGAUCUACGUAGGCGGGGUAAUUUACUUUGGCCUCAACUGUGCCUUGGCAUCGCUGUCGGCCUUCUUACCAACUAUCAUCGCUACCAUGGGGCAUACAAAUGCAAUGGCUCAACUGAUGACAGUGCCGCCAUAUGCUAUGGCCGGUUGUGUCCUCAUUGCUACUUCCUAUUGUUCCGACAGGCUGCAGAUUAGGGGACCCUUACUUAUCUGUACCAGCACAAUUGGUGGUCUAGGUUAUAUGAUACUACUUGGCACCACUCACCGGCAAGAUGUACGCUACGGCGCAACAUUUCUUAUCACUAGCGGAACGUAUGCGAGCAUCGGCUUGACUAUUGCUUGGUUUAACCAUAAUCUUGGUUCUGAAACAAAGAGGGCUACUGGGAUUCCUCUUUACGGUGCCAUUGGUCAAUGCGGAAGUAUAUUAGGAUCCCAUCUAUACCCUUUGACUGAGGGUCCCGCUUAUACGAAUGGAUUCACUGUUUCUGCAUUCCUGCUUUUUUUGGCUGCACUGUGCGCACUCUUGUUGAGCAUUUCUUUCCGUUUGGACAAUAUGCAGCGAGAUGAGAAGUAUGGCAAGCCAGAUCCAAACGAUAUGGUAGACACAUCGGAGCUCGCAGACAAAGCUCCUGCAUUCCGUUACAUUAUGUAGCAGAUAAUCGUCUACUGAAUUGCUAAUCUAAACUGCGAGACUAUUACGCUGUCAUGCCGUUGAGUGCCGCUUCUCAUCCGAAUAUUACGGCACCUGUGCAGAAGAAUAUGCGUAAUCAAUGAUUAAUGAAACUCAUAUGUAAUCUCUUUUAA